UUAUCGGGGACGCUCCUUUAUACAUGCUGCAAACGACGAAAAACUUAAAUCACAAUAAAAAUAAAAAAUAUUAAAAAAAAAAAAUUACUGGUUGUUAUGAAACUGGUGACAGCGUCAGAAUAGAUUUGUGCACCUUAACAUUUUGACAGUUAAAAAAAUUCACCACAUAUAUGAUUUGGCGUUAUGUGAAGGAGAAGAGUGUAAAAUUCGUGAGCUAUUAAAAUAGCAAUAGCACUCAUAUUUAUCAAAAUUAAUAGUGCAUUUAAUAGCAGUAUUUCUUUCAACAUUCUUUUCGCACAGAUCACGGUGGUUAAACAGUGGGCAAUACUUGUCGAGUUUUGAUGGCUUUUCUUUACAUUUUCAUUUUGACGCCAAUCCUGCACAUUGCAUUUACAAAGAUUCAUGUAAUAGACCUCACCUACAAUUUUGACAACGAUACUACCGUUUAUUGGCCAAGCACUAGAAAAAACGACCGUUUUAAACUGAUCCCAAAAGUCAGUAAUGGGAUUUAUGAAAUAAACUCAAUCGCUGCUUCAGAACAUGGAGGGACACAUAUCGACGCCCCAAGACAUUUUGCGCCAGGAAAACAUGGCGUUAAUGAGAUUCCUAUGGAAAGAUUAGUUGGGCAGCUAUUUCUUGUGAACGUUUCAGUUGAGGCGAAAUUAGACAGAGAUUUGCUGAUAACACAAACACACAUCGAGGCAGCAGAGCAAGCACAGAAAAGGACUGUUGAUGAUCAUAUUGUUCUUUUUUACACAGGAUGGAGCAAAAGAUGGCCGAAUCUUAAUCAAUUUCUUGGUACAAACACAACCAACGAUUCACUUCUGCACUUUCCUGGACUGCACCCAAAUGCAGCUACAUGGUUGACUACAAACAGAAAGAUAAAGUCCAUCGGAAUUGACACAGCAUCUAUUGACAAUGGACCCAGUUCAUCAUUCGAAUCACAUAAGAUAUUGUACAAACACAAUAUUCCGGGUUUUGAGGCUGUCAAUCUAAAUGAAGUUCACCGCUUCAAGGAUGUUGACAAAGUUAUGAUUUAUGCUUUACCGAUGAAAAUUAAAGAUGGUUCCGGCGCCCCAUUGAGAAUUGUCGCAUCGUUUGAUGACGAAGAUGAGAUUAAGAAACCAUGCUCGUCAAGUGCUUACACAGAUGUCAACUUUGUUAUUUUAUACCUUUGUCUCUUUGUUUUGUAUUAUCUACAUUAAAAAGAAUACCAAAAACAUUCUA